GUCGUCUUCAAAUUGUAUUCAAGUGAGUAAUUGAAAUGUGCUGGUAUAGUAAACCUGACUAUCUGGUGGAAAUUUCGGGGGAAAUUGCUCAACGCGACUCUGUUACCCUGUGUGCUUACAGUCCUUUGGACUGUAUGAAGAGGAUCUGUAGGAAUCACAACCGGAAAUAAUGCCUUUGUGACCAUUGUCGGGAACAGUGUCGGUCGACAGUAUGAGUCAGCCAUGGCCGUCUAUUUAUAGUUUUAUACCGACCUUCUAGUGACAUCAUGGUGUAUCGUAUGACGCAUCGUCGGUCGUCAUUCAAUGGCCCCUAUGCCCACCAUUCGCUCUAAGCGCAUCGAUACAAAAAGGCAGUAUUUAUCUUUCAUGAUGACGGACGAGCUAACAAUCGACUUUACCAAACCAAAUCACCGUUUAAAUACAAACCGCUCCAACAUCCCACUCGGGUGGAGCUGCGACUGGGCCAGAUUCGAAGGUAGUGAUUUGCUAGCACCCUGCAUCAAUGGACGCAUCAGAGAAAACGCUAUAUUGGAAGGAUAUUAUAGCAUCUUUGGCGAAAUAUUCUUCGUCAUGUACAAGGUUGGGACGUAUACGACCAUCAUCAGAUGUGGCAACGACACGGGGCAAUAUUACUUGUUCAACCUCGACAUGGACAAUCUUUACAAGUUCACAGAAAGAUAUCCGACGCUGGAGGCGUUUAUGGAACGGGCGGCGCUUUGGAUCAAUGGAGACGCGCAGAUCUAUUCGGUGACCCCUUUUGCGGCCGUGGAGACAAAGCCAGGGCCAAUCCCGCCUAAAGAGUUGGAAGAUGCAUGGGAUCUCGAGGAGGAGGCGAUCACCAUCAAUCCGAAAUGUAUCCCCGCUUCGAUCGAUACACCGUUGACGUUGAGAAUCAUCUCGAAGUUCAUCAUCGUUACCGUACAUCCCAUGGAUCCUAAUGAUAUCCUAGAAGGGAUCUACGAUAUGCCCCGUGGCACCGUCAAUGCCAUCAUGUUCUAUCACGACCUCAUGGUCUUCCUUUGUUCAGGGCGAUUUUACGUCUGGGACCUCUCCAACAGGCCGCUUUAUGAGUUUACCACGGGGUAUGCUUCGAUCGAUGACUUAUCGAGCGACGCGGUCAGGAAAUGGAUGCCUGGAACCUUGCCACCGACACUUGUGGUAGGAAAGAAGACGGGCGUGUUUGAUAACUCGUCUACGAAGAGAAGGAAGCGGAAUGGUACAGGCUUAGUGGUAGUGAGAAAUUCCAGUGGGUCCAUUGAACAUGAUGCAUCCCCGGCUUGUCCUAAGCAGCAAACUCGACUUCAGACGCGGAGUGAGAACCAAAAGUUCAGGCCACGAGAUCGAGGGGAUGAGUUCAAGGUGAAGGACGAAGAGCCGUCAUAG